AUGAGUUUGUUUCUACUUCGGUCACUCAAGUCUUCUGGCGGUGCCGUGGUGCUCCGUCUAGAAGCUCCCAAGUCCACCUGGAUAAUGCCUUCUGGAACUUUCUCUAUGGCUGAUUCUUCGCUGCACCAAACUGAUGGCCUCAAGGAUUUCAUGAUACCAACAUCUACCUUCACAUUCCAUCCCUGUUUUGUUCUCAUUUCAUUCGGGUUGCUUGUAGCUUAGCUUCAUCUUAGAUAACAGUUGUGGUUUUAUGAUAGAUUUCUUAGUUUGAGGUUGUGAGUCAAUUGAUUUGCAGUGUUUAGUGCAUAUUUUCUGUGAUUGAGUACAUAUUUUGUGUGAUCGAGUACAUAUUUUGUGUGAUCGAGUACAUAUUUUGUGUGAUCGAGUAAUCUUGGUGCUGAGGGUUACAAGCGAUUGAUUGAGAUGGCGGCAGACUUACGCGAUGGUAUCAGGCCUGGGAUCCAGAAGUCGGUUAGGCUGGCGCGGCAUCUGUGGGAGCCAUUCGAGGCCUUAGCGGAGCUGCAGCAAUUCGAUGGGUCUCGACGGUACAAUGUAAUCCACGCGCGGAUGGAUUGGCGAGAAACUGCUGACGCGCACAUCUUGAAGACUGACAUGCCAGGGGUACGAAGUGACGACGUCAAAGUGCAGGUGAUAGAUGGGGAAGUGGUGGAAAUUAGCGGCACCAGGAAGAAAGAGGAACCCAAGGAGGGCGAUGAGUGGCAUCACGUGGAGAGACCUUCCGGAUUUUUCUUCCGGAGCUUCCGAAUUCCGGAGAAUGCUAAAGCAGAUGACCUGAAGGCUCAGGUGGCGGAUGGAGUCCUCACUAUCACCCUUCCUAAGAAAAAGAAACCCGAGCCGCAAAUUCGUCAAAUUAGAAUCUCGAAGCUCUGAUAAUUCUAGGAAAGGAGAUGACCUUAAAUGUCUACGAAAAAGGUUUUGAACAUGUUAUAUGGAUUAAAAUUCAGUAUUUCAGGUUCUGCGGAGUAGACACCGUCUGGACAGCGUUAAGGCAUUUACAACUUGUGAAGAAGACAUACACUUUAGUAAUGAAGAAUUGUACCCAAUUUGAGCUUUGUCUUGUAUUAUCUUCUA